UUCCUUAGUUUCGAUCAAAUGGCGUAAAAUAGUAGGAGGGAGUAAUAAAAGCCAUUCACAUUCCACGCUGGUACUAGAGACUAGAGUAACACUAGUACUCUGCUCCUAGUUCCAGCCGACAAAGAGAAGAAAAAUGGAGGAAGAACAAGUAGGAGAGGAGUAUCUUUUCAAGAUUGUGGUGACUGGGGACUCUGCCGUUGGCAAAUCCAACUUGCUUUCCCGUUUUGCCCGUGAUGAAUUUGACCAUAACUCUAAGGCCACCAUUGGAGUGGAGUUUCAAACACAAGUUGUGGAAGUUGAUGGGAAGGAAAUUAAGGCUCAGGUUUGGGACACUGCUGGUCAAGAACGUUUUCGGGCUGUCACUUCUGCUUAUUAUAGAGGCGCUGUUGGGGCUCUCGUUGUUUAUGACAUCAGUAGAAACACCACUUUCGUCAAUAUCAAACGCUGGCUUGAUGAACUCAACAACAACAGCCUCAAUAGGGUAUAAUUUUAUCUUUACGAGGCUACGAAAUAAAUAUUUGAGAAAGGAUUGGGUUUUACGCAACUUGUGAAGUUCUAAUUCUUCAUCGUGACAAUGACCUUAUUGGGAAAGAUUUGCACGAAUGGGAU